AUGGAUCAAAGCAGCUCACCCGAUUACAAAGAACUUUUCGAAAGAGAAACAAAGCUACGGAGACAGGCUGAGGAAGAGAGACAGCAAGCUCAGGAAGAGAGACGGCAAGUCGAAGAACAGAACAGGCAGUUCACUCGAAAGACCUCACUGCUAGAAUAUCUCCGAACCUGCCAUAACCUGCUCUCCCGCCCUUUGCGUGUGAGAACCCCGUCUCGUUCUACGAAGGGAAGGAUCCCAGCCCCUCAAGGGAAAUAUUGCCCGGCUCGUCUCCUUCCGUGGUCAGAUUGUGCAGCUGCUCAACAGGAAAUAUACGACUCUGUUUGCGGCUACCUCCAAGUAACGAGUGAUCACCCUCCCCAAUUAUUUUCGACAGUUGCGCGCCUAGAAGGCGUUGCCGACUCGCUGGAUCGUCCACUGAGCAGUGAACGGGACCUUGAAACUUAUGAAAGACUUGCCGUUGAAAACCAUGUGCAAGAUAUCAUUUCGGAACUCUGCAAAAUUCCUGAAGCCCGGCGACGAUUUCGUCUUGGCGAUGGCGUAUGGUUCGAGAGCCAUACCAAUAGUCUAGAAGAUGAGACGAUUCGGAAUGAUGGCACUUCUGACGAUGGGGACCGGUCUUCAACACAAUGCCGACCAAGGCCUGACCAGUUCUGUAUUCACCGAGCUGACGACAAAAAUUCUCUGCUUAUGACGGUGGAAUACAAGCCCCCCCAUAAACUGACCGUUGAAAAUCUGCGCGUGGGUCUUCAGCCAAAGAUGGAUUUCUGGAAUGAUGUGGUGCAACGCAAAGAGAUACCAACCGAUGAAGCUGAGAAGUUGAAAUACAAUGCAGAGCAGAUUGUUGGGUCCGUUCUCACCCAGGAAUAUCACGCUAUGCUCUGGGAAGGCCUCGAACUUUCCUAUAUGACCAUCGGUCUUGCUCUGGUACUUCUCCGAAUACCCCAGGAUAAACCGGGCACGCUACUUUACUUCCUUUGCGAGCCCAAUAUGGAAAUUGAUGGAAAUGAUGAUGACAGCUAUCGAGAACCAAGAACAGCCGUUGCUCGAGUGCUUUGCCUUUCUUUAAUGGGCUCUCUUUCUGCCGUCCGCGACCAGGCUUGGCGGACUAGAGCAAUGGGUCAGCUGAACACUUGGGAGACCAGCCUUGACCUUGUACGGUCCCGAAUACCUGAUGACGAGCUGCUGCAAGCGCCACCUGGCUCGGAAUAUACGGGAUCUCCUCACACUAGUACCGAAGGCACUAGCUCUGAAUGGCUCCCUUCGUCACCUAUACCAUCGCCCACACCACAACGCCGUGCACAGCCUCGAUCUGGUUGCGCACCCUCGCAAACCCUACCUCUUCCAGAUCAGUCUUCCGACGACUCGGAUUCAAACCAGACGGCGCCUGAUGCUAGCCGAAAGCGGACUCUGAGCAACGUCACAUCUUCCCCCCCCUAA